CUUACUCCUCAUUCAAUUGUUUAUAUAUGCAAAAUUUCCCAUUCACACAUACACAACACACACUAUAUGUAUGUCUAUAUAUAGGCAUCCCAGACAAAUUUCUUGAACUCUUACCUCAUCACACACACACACGCUAUAUAGGCAUCCCAGACUAAUUCUUGAAUAUAUAGGCAUCCCAGACUAAUUUCUCGAAUUCUUGCCUCAUCUCACACACACAUACACACAGUGAGAAUGAAGGAGUGCUGUUUUCAUCCUAGAGAAAUGGUGGUUGGAGUUUGUGCCUUGUGCUUGAAUGAGAAGCUCUUAGUAUUGGCUGCUGCUUCUAAGAAACAAACCAACACUUUCCUACCUAAAAUCUUUGCUUCAUCCCACAUACUUAAACACCACAAAUCCCACACCCCACAAGACUCUUUCAUAUCAAUCAAGUUCGAAGCAAAUGGUGUAGCCUCAUGGGACAAAGGUAAAACCAGUGAUGAAAAGACCAAGAGUGUGAUCGAGCACACCAGCUCGUUGAGGUGGCGGAGGCGGAUUGGCAACCUCCUCCACCUCAUCAACCGGAAGAGACCGGCCGAGGGCCACGUCAGCACAAGGCAUCUUGAAAGAGAGAAGGUUAAAUAUGGGUGGAUAAGGAUUCUGACAAAGAAGAGGGCCAAAGAAUAAAGGAGGUUUAAUAUUCAAGAAAAGGAACCUAUCAUUUUAUGGGUCAAAAAUAUCAUUUUUACUAAAAAUGAUAUUUAUAUACUAUAAAAUGAUAUUUUUUCAGCAUGCAUAGAAUGAUACUUUUAAUCCAUAAAAUGAUAUAUUUCGUCCAUAGAAUAAUAGGUUAUUAGGUUAUCACCAUAAAUAUGGGUUAUCAUAUGAUCACAUCCCCUCUCUAUCUAUAUAUAUAUAGAUGUAUUACGUUUAAUGUGUGCAUUUGUAUGUGAAAGUUUGAAGCUUCAAGAAAGUUACAAACUUUGAAUUAUUAGGUCUUCCAAUGGUCAAGGAAGCAAGAGGGCCACAACAAUAUUAUGCUGAAUCAUGCCCUCUUGUGAUUAAUCUUCAAGAAUUCAGUCAAUGCAUGAUGAUGAAACAUGUUGAUUGUACAAACAAGAAAUUAUGAUUUUUUUA